CUGCUAAACAUUGGACUUUGUCGAGACGACGACAACAGAUUAUUGACCAACCAUGGCAUCAAUAAAUUAAACCCAAUAAUAAUGUCUGUAUUUCUCUUCUCUUUCCUCUCUUUCUUCCUUUUAAUUAAACCGCACUGUCGCCAUUUUCACUGCUAAUGCUCAGAGAGAGAGAGAGAGAGAGAGAGAGAGGGGUUUCUCUUUUCUUUAGUCGACGACUUGGGUAAAGAGAGCGCCUUUUGGGUGCGCUGUCUUGUUUGUUGUUCGCAUUUUGCAGGGUUGGGAAGACAACAAUCGCUCCCUUUUUUAUCUUCUUACCCCUUCGAGGCUUCGACCCGUUUUUCUUUUUUCUGUUUCUUUGUUUGGGUUUCGAUCAGAUUCGGGCCAUUGAAGUCCCGACGCUUCUCGAUCUGAAGUUCUUUGUGUUGCUCGACUGCGGAACUCUCAGUGUCAAUUCGUUCUAUGAGUCUGGUUAUCUGAAUGGACGCAGUCGCUGAGCGCCAAGCCCCGAAUGCUGAAAGGCGCUUUCGCGUCCAGGCUCCACUGGUUGAUUCCGUGUCAUGCUAUUGCAAAGUCGAUUCCAGCUUAAAGACGGUUGUUGGCGCAAGGAAGUUUGUCCCAGGCUCCAAGCUUUGCAUACAGCCCGACAUCAACCCUAAUGCACACAAAACCAAGAACUCGCGCAGGGAGAGGACCCGAGUACAGUCCCCACUCUUACCGGGCUUGCCUGAUGAUCUUGCAAUUAUUUGUCUGGCUCGUGUCCCUCGCAUCGAACAUAGAAAGCUCCGCCUUGUUUGCAAGAAAUGGUGGCGCCUUGUCUCUAGCAGUUAUUUUUACUCCAUGAGGAAGAGUCUUGGACUGGCAGAGGAAUGGGUAUAUGUAAUGAAACGAGAUCGUGAUGGAAGGAUCUCAUGGCAUGCUUUUGACCCUACCUAUCAGCUCUGGCAACCACUUCCUCCUGUUCCAAGUGAGUAUUCUGAAGCUCUUGGCUUUGGCUGUGCGGUGCUGAGUGGUUCCCGCCUCUACUUAUUUGGAGGAAAAGAUCCACUUAGGGGAUCUAUGAGACGGGUUGUCUUUUACAAUGCUUGGACAAACAGAUGGCAAAAGGCACCGGAGAUGCUCAGGAAACGCCACUUCUUCGGCUUUUGUGUUAUAAACAACUGUCUUUAUGUGGCUGGUGGCGAGUGUGAGGGAAUACAAAGGACUCUCCGUUCUGCUGAAGUGUAUGACCCCAAUAAACACCGGUGGAGCCCUAUCACAGACAUGAGUACAGCUAUGGUGCCUUUUAUUGGGGUUGUCUACGACGGGAAGUGGCUCUUGAAAGGACUCGGGUCUCAUCAGGAAGUGAUGAGUGAAGCCUAUGUCCCUGAAUCUAAUACAUGGACCGCAAUUAGUGACGGGAUGAUUGCAGGUUGGCGCAAUCCUAGCAUCUCUUUAAAUGGACAGCUCUAUGCUUUAGAUUGUCGUGACGGUUGCAAGCUUAGGGUUUAUGAUAGAGACACCGAUUCGUGGAACAGAUUUAUUGAUAGCAAGCUCCAUCUAGGAAACUCCCGAGCUCUGGAGGCUGCGGCUCUUGUUCCCCUGAAUGGGAAGCUGUGCAUCAUACGCAACAACAUGAGCAUCAGUCUGGUCGAUGUUUCAAGUCCCGAUAAGCACGUGGAGACGAACCCCCAGCUCUGGGAAAAUAUUGCCACCAAAGGUCAUUUCCGGACACUUGUCACUAAUCUAUGGUCAAGUAUUGCUGGCCGGAGCGGUUUAAAGAGUCAUAUUGUGCAUUGCCAGGUUCUUGAAGCCUAAGACCAGUGUUCUUGUUCGUUAAACUCUCUAGAAUUUUGUUCGGAUCAUUAUGCCUGUGUUUCCCUCACGAAUUUGAGCAGGCCGUGAAUACGCCAUAAUUGCAGUUUAUGGAGAGAAUCUGCAGCAACCGGUUGUUGGAUAAAAUGAUGAGCCGAGAGUUGACAAUGAAGAAUUGGUGGUUUGGAAGACUGAAAUCGGUAGAUCGAUUCACUGGAGGCAUCAUAUUCUGAAAUGUACUCUGCCUUUCAUGCGGUAUAAUUGUAAUGACAAGGUACAUUGUCAAUUUUAGCAACAGAGCUUGAUGUCAUUGAUUCAUAUUCAUCAUGAGAGAUGAGGUAAUUGUAGUUCAGGUCAUGCGGCCACAGGGCCAGGCACCUUUUGUUGUUGGAUUAUUUCAGUAGUAUGAUUUUCGUAAUGUUUGUGAAUAUACAUAUUUUCACAUUUUGAAUGUAAAUACUGAAUUUGUGUUGGCAGUGAUGAAUUGCACAAUGCGGAC